AUGAGAGAAGGAUAUCUCCAAAACCUCAAAGGAAGUGUUACCGCUGAGCUAAUAGGGAUAAAGAAGUCCAUUCUCGAAAAGAUGCGCCAUAAACUUAUGGAAGCCUUUAGUUCGAUCUCAAUGGAAGCAAAGAAGUUACCCUUGCUGUCUCUUACGGAGGGGCUGAAGAGAAACUAUACGGGAAAGACCAUAAUAAUUAGAAAAAACAAAGCCACCUCCAGCAAGGGAACUGGCAAGGACACGCGAAAGAGGCCUUCUGUAGUGCUGCAAGUCGAAGACCAAUCAUUUGUAUUCGAUGGAGACGGCCUUAAAGUGGUCGGCCCGUGGGAUGGAAGACAAUAUAAGGGAAUGGUCGAUGAAAUCAACAAUAUACUCAAGAAACAUAUAAACAAGUGA